AUGUCCUCCACCGGGAACCUCUCAGAAGAGCAGGUCCACUGCUCCAUCUGCCUGGACGUUUUCACCAACCCUGUGUCCAUCCCAUGUGGACACAACUUUUGCCAGAGCUGCAUCCUGGGAUACUGGAAGAGCAGCCCACUAUACCAGUGUCCAAUGUGCAAAAAGUCUUUCUACAAGAGACCCGACAUCAGCAUCAACACCGUUCUUAGGGAGAUCGCCGAGCAGUUCAAGGAGCUCCGGGUAAACAGUGAGGAGGGCAAGGAGGUCCUCUGUGAUGUCUGCCUGGGAGAAGGCCGUCCCAAAGCCGUAAAAUCUUGCCUGGUGUGUCUGACGUCAUACUGCGACGAGCACCUCAAGUCACACGCCAGCAGGUUCACCAAGCACAAGCUGAUAGAGCCCGUGGCCAAUAUGGAGGACCGCAUGUGCUCCAAACACGAGCGGCUCCUGGAGCUCUUCUGCAAGAAGGAUCAGAUGUGCGUGUGUGUCCUGUGCACAGAGACCGACCACCGAGCGCACUACACCGUCCCCGUGGAGCGGGAAUGGACAGAGAAAAAAGCCCAGCUGAAGAGGAGCCAAGUGGAUGUGCAGCAGAUGAUCCAGGAUAGAGUGAAGAAGGUGGAGGAGAUCAAAAACUCUGUGGAGCUCAAUAAAGUGAGUACUCAGACAGAGAUUGAGGACAGCAUGCAGGUUUUCGCUGAGAUGGUCCGCUCCAUUCAGAGAGCUCAGGGCGACGUAGUUCUGGCCAUUGAAGAGAGGCAGAGGCGCACUGAGACCCGAGCCAGAAACCUGGUCAUAAAACUAGAGCAGGAGAUCGACGAGCUGAGGCGGCGGGAUACCGAUCUGGAGAACAUGGAAAGAACGGACCACAUUCACUUUUUGAAGAACUUCCCAGCUCUGAGCAUGGCGCCUUCCGUCCAGGACUGGUCAGACACCAGCGUACCCACAGACAUUUGUGUCGGCCUGAUCAGGACAGCUGUUUGCAAAUUGGAGGUCACUUUAAAGGACAUGGUGGACAAACUGGCAGAUAGAGAGAUCCAUAGGAUUCUGAAGUACUCAGCGGACAUCACUCUGGACCCGAACACCGCCAACCCGUGGUUGCAGCUCUCGCAGGACCGGCGCCAGGUGCGCCACCUGGGAGCAUGGCAGGAUCUCUCCGACUACCCCGAACGCUUUGACACGGUGGUCAUUGUCCUGGCCAGAGAGGGCUUCACCUCGGGCAGACACUACUGGGAGGUCCAGGUGGGCGACAAGGACGACUGGUACCUGGGCGUGGCCAAGUCAUCCGUCAACCGGAAAGGCCGGAUCUCUGUAAGCACCACCCAUGGCUACUGGGCCCUGGCCAUGAAGAAGGGCCACGGGUACCGUGUGUCCACCACCCCGCCGUUACAGCUUGCACUCAACGCCAAACUCAGGAGGGUGGGCGUGUACGUGGACUACGAUGAGGGUCAAAUAUCCUUCUAUGACGUUAAGGCUCGGACACAUAUCUACACUCUAAACGACACGUUGAACGAGAAGAUUCUGCCUUUUUUCUACUUGUACUGCUGCGACAAAUCUUCCGAUACUGUCGUCAUUUGUCCCCUUGCUGACAAAAACCUGAUCAAACAGAGCUAAUUAAUCAUGACGUAUUGCUGGAUGCUAAUGGCGUCGCUUUAAAGGGACAGCUAAACGUCUACCUUCCCAGUAGGAAGUUAGUUUAGCAUCAAUGGGUGAUGCCCAACACCAAAUGCUUUACAGUCGACCCUCGUUUAUUGUAGUUAAUUGGCCUUGACAAACAGAUUUCCGCAAAGUAGGAUACUUAAUCGAAUAUUUUCAUAGUUAGCGCAAUAAAAAACAUUUCCAACCUUCUAAAUACAUUAUUAGAGACCUCUAAAAACAUAUAGGCACCUUUAUGCUUGUUUCUGUUAUGAUCCGUUGCCCGGGUCAUGUUUUGUUCUGUUAGUUUUGACGACCUCAGUUCUGUUUUCAGCACCCCUGGGUUUGUGUUUCAGUUGCCAAGACUGCAGAUUAGUUUCACCUGCCUCUGAUUAGUGUUCGGGACGCUCACCUGCUCCUGGGCACUAAUCAGAGAGCUAUUUAUUCCCGUUUCUCUCCACAAUCAGGCUGGCUUCCUUGUUUGCAUUACGCAACAGUUAAUGACGGCAACAUUUUUGAUUCUUGAUUCCUGUUUGUAUGCUAGCUUCCACGCUAGUCUCUCCCUUAGCUUUGCCUCCCGUGCUAUUGGCCCAACUUUGUUUUUCUGCAAUUCCUGCAUGAUUUAUGCAAAUAAUAUAUAUCAUACCAAAGACUAUAAAAGUGGGACCCAUUACCUUCCUGCUUGGCACUCAGCAUCAAGGUUUAGAAUUGGGGGUUAAAUCACCAAAAUGAUUCCCGGGCUCGGCCACCGCUGCUGCUCACUGCUCCCCUCACUUCCCAGGGGGUGAACAAGGGGAUGGGUCAAAUGCAGAGAGUAAUUUCACCACACCUAGUGUGUGUGUGACAAUCACUGGUACUUUAACUUUAACUUUUAAAUCAUUUCCUACCUGCACCCUGUCUCCGAAGUUUCCGUCUGCAUCCCGGGAGAACGACCCGUGCAUAACCAUGCGACCACGUCGUUACAGUUUCACCCAAUAUAGUAACCUUUACUGUAGCUUACAGUACUGUACUUACCAAUAUGCCAAAAGACCCUCCAAGCAUCAUUGCUAUGGCCGUCACCUGGCCACUACAACACGACCACGACGUGGGGAAUUCCUCUAAGUUAGAAUUGGGCUUUGAGUGUUGAAACCACGGGCGUAAAUAGUUCUGCAAAAACCUGACAGUCAUAGCUGCACCACUAGCUGUGUUGGCUUUGCCUUUCUGCGCUGUCAUUCCACACUGAUCUCGCCAAGGCUGUUUUUAUUGGCCGGACAGUCGCUGAUAGCUAAUAGUGCCUUGCAGUCUCAGGUAGCGUGAAGUGCCGCGCCAAAUGUCCGAUGCUACUUUCAGCUGAUGAAAAUGGAGUUCAUCAAAACGUUGUUCUGCCAAAAGUUAAUUUAAGAUUGUCACAGCGAAGAUUGAGUAGCGCCUGUUGUGUAACCCUUAACCCGGGAAUGGAACUCGGCUUGGUGAAUACUUUCAAAAUACUUUCACUGCUCAGUGGCCUUAUAGUUAGAGUGUCCGCCCUGAGAUCAGUAGGUCGUGAGUUCAAACCCCAGCCGAGUCAAUACAAAGACUAUAAAAAUGGGACCUAUUACCUCCACUCAGCAUCAUGGGUUGGAAUUGGGGGUUGAAUCACCAAAAUUAUUCCCGAGCGAGGCCACCACAGCUGCUCACUGCUCCCCUCACCUCCCAAGGGGUGGAACAAGGGGAUGGGUCAAAUAGAGAGUAAUUUCACCACACUUAGUGUGUGUGUGUGUGUGUGUGUGUGUGUGUGUGUGUGUGUGUGUGUGUGUGACUAUCAGUGGUACUUUAACUUUAACUUUAAAACAUUGCCACGACAUAAUUAAUACAAUAAGAUAAAUACGGCACAGUAAUAUGUAUAGUCCGCACAUAAAACUUAAUUUAACACGUAAUUUAGGCUGAAAACAUUUCGUUUUUUAAUCUGGUGAAGCCGCACUAUUGGAAGGCCGAUGUAGCGAGGGACGACUGUACAGACUUCAUGACUGCUAGAUUUUAACGGUGCCUCAUGUGUCUCGUCUGCUUAAUUGUCUUAAGACAGUGGUUCUUAACCUUGUUGGAGGUACCGAACCUCACCAGUUUCAUAUGCGCAUUCACCGAACCCUUCUUUAGUGAAAAAUAAAAUGUUUUUUUAUAUGUUUUUUUACUGGUGCACAAAAUGAACCGUUCAUGAACAUCACCCUGUUCAAACAACAAAACCAACACAGUGCAUGAACUCACAACAAAUUACACACCUUACACACAUUACUAUGAAUUGAUUAACGUGGACCCCGACUUAAACAAGUUGAAAAACUUAUUCGGGUGUUACCAUUUAGUGGUCAAUUGUACGGAAUAUGUACUGUACUGUGUAAACUGUACUGUUUCAUAUAAUAUAUUCUCUUCCUUUGCAAUCUGCUAGUAAAAGUUUCAAUCGAUCAAUCAAACAAUCUGCAAAUCAGAUGGAAAAUUAGAGGGAACAUUGUUUGGGGGUAUCCAUAAUACGCUGAUAGGGAGAAGUUUCUAUUUACCCGAUAAGUCGGAUGUGUCUUUACCUCCGUGGCGGAGGCUCUGUCGAACCCCUGAGGCCGACUCACCGAACCCCUAGGGUUCGAUCGAACCCAGGUUAAGAACCACUGUCUUAAGAGGUUUCUACUCAUAGCUGCUAAUGCCAGACUGUCUUGUCCCUUCUCCCUUGAGCCUUUUUACAUGAAAAGACCUACACUACAGUAUUGUUUGCAUUGAUUGGUGUGAUUUAAAAGCAGUGUUGCAGC